CUAAUCUAUCAUUCAUCUUCUUACAUAUUCAUUUUUCCAAAUAUAAUUUGAUAAUGGCCGUUGUAACUGUAGACCUCGAGGUCACUUCUUCACUUCCUGCUCCGAAGCUUUUCAAAGUCUUUAAUGACUUCGACACAAUUGCACCUAAGGUUGAACCAGAGACUUACAAAUCCGUCAGCACCAUCCAAGGUGAUGGGGGUGCUGGAACCAUCAAGAGCAUUACAUACGGUGAUGGUAUUCCAUUCACAAGCUCAAAGCACAAGGUUGAUGCCGUUGACACAAAAAACUUUAGCUACAGCUACACCAUCUUUGAAGGUGAUGUCUUAAUGGGCAUAGUAGAUUCUGCGCAUCAUCAUAUAAAGUUUUUACCUUCUAGUGAUGGUGGAUCCGUAUACAAGCACACAGUGGUGUUUAACUGCAAAGGGGACAAUAAAGUAUCCGAAGAUAAUAUUAACCUUAUGAAAGAAGGAUUGAAAAAGAGCUUUAAGGGAUUUGAAGCCUAUGCCAUUGCUCAUCCUGAAGCUUACUAAUUGAUAUGGGAUCAACAUGUUUUGCUUCAAUAAGUCAUACUGUGGUUAGUGUGUGCUCAUGAUAAAAGAAGAAAUUGUUUUCAUAGAGUUUUAUUUUAUUGCUUGCCUUCACCUAAAUAAUUUGACGUCUGG